AUGGCCAACGCCGCUGAAAAGAUCUCGGUCUAUAAUCUUGCUGACCUCAAAAACACAUCCGACGAUGCUAUCCCCAACUACCUGAACUCUCUCAAGUUUCGCCAAUCUCAUACCCUCACCGAUGUCCGCCUUGCGCUCGGAUACACUGCUUUCGGCGUUGCAGCUGCUUGUUUCCUCUGGGACUACAAGCUGGGCUUCGAGAGCACGAAAUACUACACAGCUGCUGCCGUUACGCUCUACACCUUGAUCAAUAGCGCCUUGACACUAUGGAUUAUGUUCCGUGAAAAGGGUGUCGUGUACGAGGGAACUUCACCCUCAGGAGAGAAGAUCUCCAUCAGCAGCUCUACAAAGAAGAACGUCCCCAUCUACAACCUCACUAUUACCGUCACCGAUAAGAACUCGAAAUCCACUGUUCACAAAAUCUCCAAGCCUUUCAGCGGCUGGUUCGACCAGACUGGCCAAUUUGUUGCUGUUCCCUUCCAGGAGCUGCUCGCAAACUCAGUACCUUUGAUCGGCAAGCGGGACCCCAAGCGUGUCGCCGUCUCUAAGGAGUUGUUGGAUGCCAGCCCUGAUGUUCUCGAUGCUAUUCUGGCUGCCAACGCCACUGGUGCUGAGGCCGCGUCCACACCAGAAGUAACUGAGAAGAAGGGUGGUAAGCGACGCAAGGCGUAA